AUGCGGCGCCCAGCCCUCCUGCUGGCGCUGCUGUUGCUGGCGGCGGUGUGCAAGGGCGAUGAUGACUCCACCGAGGUCUCAAAGGUCUCCGAGCCGCUGCCCCCCUGCAAGCCGGGCGAGCACCACCACCACUGGUGGCACCACCACGAUCGCUGCGAGGAGGAGGGCGAAAAGCACCACCACUGGUGGCGCAAGCACGGCGCAUGGGACGAGGGCGAGGGCGAGGAGCACCACCACCACCACCACGAGCACGGGCACGGCUGCAAGGGCUGGUGGCGCGGCGGGAGGCACGGCGUCAGCAAGAUGGGGCACGAGUGGAAGGAGGCGGGGCAGCAGCUGAGCAGCUGGGGCAAGGCCCACCCUGCCUGGGCCACGGUGCUUCUGUCGCUGGGCGUGGCGAGCCUGGCCGCCGCCGCCGCCGCGCUGGCCGCGUGGCUGGGCCACCGCAGGCGCAUGCGUGCUGCCCGCGCCGCCGCCAAGGCCAAGCCCGCUGGUACCUCGGUCGACGGGGAGGGCGUGCUGCCCCUGCUGGAGCCCUCUCCCGCAGCUUGCGCCGCCGAGGUGCAGGCAAGCCAGCGCGGCAUCGACCACCUCGUUCUGCUGCGCAGCGGCAGCCGCUUCCUUCACAGCCGCACGCACGCGGCUGUCAGCUGUACGAUGCAAGCGUAG